CAAGAGCUGCCCUUUGUGUGCUGGAGAAAGCAAAGCCAUAUUUCCACCGACAAAGACUGGAACAGCAAGUAGUGUAAAACAGAUCUGCCAGGAAGUCGGCUGUGGUUUUACACGCUCCUGGAACAGCCAACCUAAAGUUGGGUGUUACUUUGCUGGAAAUGUUUUGGCCAGCGCAUCCCUGCUCUUCUCCGGAAACCAGUUUUCCAAAAUGAACAGGUUUUUCAAAUACCUCCAGGUGCCAUUCGUAAGCAAAACUGCUUACGAAGAACAUCAAAAUAAAUUCCUGUUCCCAGUGAUAGAUAAAAAAUGGCAAGAAGAACAGGAGGCUAUGAUGGAGGAACUGAAAACAUUAGGCGAGGGGCUGCACAUUGGAGGUGAUGGGAGGGCUGACAGUCCUGGACAUUCAGCCAAAUAUGGAACCUACACCACAAUGGAGUUGCAUUUGGGGAAAGUAAUAAAUCUUCAACUGGUUCAGAGUAAUGAGGCUAAGAACAGUAAUUGGAUGGAGCUGGAGGGCCUAAAGCGGAGCAUUGACUGCCUCAAGAGCUAUGGUGUGGAGCUCGACGCCAUUGUUACUGAUCGACAUAGAUCUGUGGCUAAAUGGAUCAGGGAAAACCUGCAGGAGACCAAGCAUUACUUUGAUAUUUGGCAUGUGGCGAAAGGUCUUGGUAAAAAGUUGGAUAAGCUGGGGCAGACACAAGAUUGUGCCCUUGUGAAGGAAUGGAAGAAAUCGAUUAUCAACCAUUUGUAUUGGUGUGCUGCAUCAACCCCGGAUGGCAACCCUGAAAUGAUGUUUGCAAAAUGGUUGUCACUGUGCAACCACAUUCUUGGAGUCCACGAUGGACACUCAGAUUUAUUUCCCAAAUGUGAACACGGUCCACUGGCAGCACCCAGGGAGAAGAAAUGGUUCAAACCAGGUGAAAAAGUAACUGUUGAACUAGAAAAGAUCUUGACGGACACCUGGCGGAAGAAAGAUGUCCGACAGUUAUCUCCUUUGGGGCAGACAUCCUCUUUGGAAGGAUUCCACAGCACCAUCCUGCAUUUCGCUCCCAAACAUACCAGUUUCCAGUACAAGGGAAUGCACUACAGAGUAAUCCUGGCUGCUCUCCACGUUAAUGAGAACAGCGGCAGAGAAAGAGCUUAUGAGAGAAGCGGAGAGAAACAGCUCACUGUGUACUUCUCCAAGGCUAAAAAAGGAGAGCCCUCAGUCAGAUGGGAAACAGUAGCCUCAACAUAUGGUGAGUAAUACAGUGACUGCAUGUUGGUACAGCUUUUGUCUGUGCUCAUAUGAGAUUGACUACAGUUUCUCUAUUUUUAAUUAGGCAAUUCUUAUGUAAUAAGAUGUAGUAAAUUCCUGUUCUUAUCUUUUGCAGGUUAUGGGCACCGCCUUAUGUCGGCCGUUGUUGAAGGUAUAACUGGUAAUGCUGACGAGCUAGCUAGGAGCCUACAGCACCUUAUUGUACCGCCACCUUUGUCAUCAGCAAUGGAAGACGUAGAUCGAGAAAUGGCACGGCAAAAAUUUGUUCAUGGGGCCUUGGUGGCUAAGUAAUUGAAGGCGCUUGCAGAUCUGCUAAAGCUGGCUUUUCACCACUACAAUACCCCUUUGUUGAAACGAUAUAUGUAUGAUAAUGUCAUAUGAAAGAGUGGCCAGCAC